AAUUCACUUUCUAAUACCAGGUGCUGCCGGGUGCUAUACUGAGUCAGGACGAGGAGCACCUUGGAUGCGACAUCUAUGCGCUGACCAAUCGGGGAGAAUCUAACAGCUUCAGAAUUAGAAAGACCAUGGUUGGCGCUUCGGCCUUUGCUGUCGGCAAGGUCAGCUACGUCGUCGCACCGCCCAAUGACGGGACAAUUUCUCGUGUCGACAUGAUCGUCCACUGCAUCACGGACUCUUCGGCCACGGUCAACAUCAAGGAUAUUCAGUUCGCGUACACCGAUCGUACCGGCAAACCCGUCGACGGAUCAGUAGCCCCACUUGCGACCGUCGCCCGCAAAGAGCAGCACGAGAACCUGCUGGGUGCUGGAGCCGGCUUCGAGAACGGUGGUGGGGGCUGGUAUCGCAGUGGCAACCCCGCUCGCGUCUCUUUCAUCCAGACCCCCCUCGCUCGCAGCGGCGGUUGGGCAGCUCGAAUGAUCUCUCAGCCCUCUGGCGACAGCGGUGAUGACUCGAGCAUCGGCCUGGACAUUGCCGGGAACCCACCUUCUGGGACGCUGCCCUACGCUGCCUGGAUAUGGUACCGUGUCACCGACAAGAAGGACAAGCCAGCUUCUGCAUGCGGUCGAACUUGCCGCCCGCGCGACUACCAGUGCAACAUCGAGUUGUGCGUCGUGUCCACCACUGGAGAACUCGCCACGAUGAACGGCAACUUGUGCCAGUACUACACCUUCAAUUCUGCUCAGUACAAUCGAUACGAGCUCCUCAAUAUUGGUCCAGCAUCUCUCAUAGGAAGCGACCCACCUCCUCCGGCGGCGCCCAAUCAGAUGGGCGUUGCGUUUUCGUGCGGGAAGGGCGUUGAGAGCGCUACCAUCUUGUUCGACAACGCUCGUCUGCAGUACGAAGGCAGCGGCGCAGAAACCAUACGACCCACCACGCCGGCUACUUCCAGCUCCUCGACGAACCUCAUCAAGAAUCCCUUCUUCACCACCUCCGACAACUGGGUGACACUCAGCAGCAAUGGUGCCGGUGUGCAGCCCAGCCCUGAUGGUGGCCAUGCCUAUUUCUCCGGGUACAAUAACGGAGGAGUGCCGGAAGUGACGCAAUACGUCAGUGGAUUGGUGGGCGGAGCGACGUACAAGCUGGUGACAAAGUGCGACAUUCAGAGUUUUGAUGCAACCAACGCAAUUAACAGCGGCGGCCUUACCGAUCCCGGCUGCUUCUUCAAGGCGAUGGGUCUGAAUCAGCAGAUUGCGGCUACGGAAAAGUACUUUGCUGCCAACAAUCAGAACGGUCAGCUCGAGCUGAGCGGUACGUACGUCCACAACAGCAAGCUCGACCCUCUCCCUCUGAACUACCAAAUGCUGUGCGACAAAUCUGGGAACAGAAGGAGCCCCGUCUCUCGCGUCAAUCUUUACAGCGUCUCUCUUACUCGCAUCGCAUAGUUUCUACACCCGUUUCUCUGGAUUCUUGCGUACCGUGCAAACUUGUUGGGCAGCGUUACAAACCAGUCACGCAAACAUUUUUUUUAUACCGUCACCGCUUGCAAUUUUGACUUUGUCUAUCCAAG